CCAAGUCACGAUGAAGUUGUACGUGUAGCAGCACCUGAGUGGAAGACAACAGCGGGAUGUCGUCCGGAUCAGAAGCACCCUGCGAGGCGUCAUGACGCCGACAAAAUGGCCGGGAGUCCGGGGCUAAAGUGAGGCAGGAGAUCAAAAACACUGGACGAGGUGUCCACUUAAACGUCAUCGAACAAGCAGUGGACAGUUCGGACAAGAAUCUGUCAGACAUCACCGCCAUGGCCCACCCUCCUGUUCGACGGAACUUGCCCGGUAUGCAGAAUGUCCGAGUAGACCCGGAGCAGUUUUUCACCAAGCUGGAGCGCAUUGGCAAGGGUUCCUUUGGCGAGGUCUUCAAGGGCAUCGACAAGCGAACUCAGAAAGUGGUGGCCAUCAAGAUCAUUGACCUGGAGGAAGCCGAGGAUGAGAUUGAAGACAUUCAGCAGGAGAUCACGGUGCUGAGCCAGUGUGACAGCCCCUUUGUCACUAAGUACUACGGCUCCUACUUGAAGGACACCAAGUUAUGGAUCAUCAUGGAGUAUUUAGGAGGAGGCUCUGCUUUAGAUUUGAUGGAGCCAGGUGCUCUGGAUGAGACCCAAAUCGCCACCAUACUGAGAGAGAUCCUCAAGGGGCUGGAGUAUCUACACUCGGAGAAGAAGAUCCACAGGGAUAUCAAAGCUGCUAACGUGCUGCUUUCUGAGCAAGGCGAGGUCAAGCUGGCAGAUUUCGGCGUGGCAGGCCAGCUUACCGACACCCAGAUCAAGCGCAACACCUUUGUGGGCACGCCCUUCUGGAUGGCCCCCGAAGUAAUUAAACAGUCUGCAUACGACUCUAAGGCUGAUAUCUGGUCUCUGGGAAUAACCGCUAUUGAGCUGGCGAAAGGCGAGCCGCCUCACUCGGAGCUCCAUCCUAUGAAGGUUUUGUUUCUCAUCCCAAAGAACAACCCCCCAACCCUGGAGGGAAACUACAGCAAGCCACUCAAAGAGUUUGUUGAAGCCUGCCUCAACAAAGAGCCCAGUUUUAGGCCAACUGCCAAAGAGCUGCUGAAGCAUAAGCUAAUCGUACGCCAUGCUAAGAAGACAUCCUACUUAACUGAGCUGGUAGACAAGUACAAACGCUGGAAGGCUGACCAGUCCAGAACCACCGAAUCCAGUUCUGACGAGUCUGAUUCGGAGCAGGACGGGCAGGCUUCAGGCGGAAACGACUUUGGCAGCGACGACUGGAUCUUCACCAUCCGGGAGAAAGACCCUAAGAAGCUGCAAAAUGGAGAGGGACAGUUGGGGGCGACAGAGCAGAUGAUAGACAUUCCAAAGAGGCCUUAUUCACAGAACCUGUCCACAGUCAUUUCUCCUGCAUUCGCAGAGCUGAAGACCAGGCAGGAACAGGUGAGUCGGAACCCUUUGGUCCUUGAUGACUUGAAGGAGUCCAUCCUGCGGGCGGAAGAGGCUUACCCCGGCAUUACUGAUUCCCUGGUGGCUCACAUGGUCCACAGGCUUCAGAGUUUUUCCACAAGCAGGUCAUCCUCCUCUGCACCCUAGGGAGUGAUCCAAUGCUGCCCGCCUACUGAAGCAUCUCGUCCAGCAACACAUCCCGCAAUAACUGCACUUGGAACUGAGACCAUUGGUUGCGCAGUACUUGCUGAUUUUCAAGCUCUUGGCUUCUAGAGACUUCUUUCAAGACACGCUGGACACUUCUAGCCUGGAUCGCUGCGUGGUGUUUGUCUAUCAAUGAACUGAAGCUCACAAAAGCCGAGAGCAGACUUCAACCCACCACGCUUAAAUUUCAAGCAAGGAGCGUGUCCCAUCAGAACCUCACACGCACCAACAUGCCUACAGGUGAACAGCAGCGUUCUUCAUGCAAAACCUCAGGUAAAGCGCUUUAAACACCCUUGUCAGUGGGCAGGGUCUUCUUCCGGAUCCCAGUUCAUUGGCUGUGUCUCGAUCGGUGCAUUUGCGUACUUACACUCAGUCUUGUAAGUACAUAAGUCUGUUCACACUGCCAAGUGCGUGACAAUACUGUACACUGCAAUACCUGAAUAUUGCCCCUGAAAACUUACCACCCUUGGUAGUCGCCAACUUGGCUACAUUGCAGAAAAGGAGGGACUAACUGGUUACAAUUGAGAAGAAUAAGUUAUAUUGCUAUCAUUUCCAGAAAGUCUAUGACAGUCCUGGAUUAGUGACUGCACCACAGUCAACAUUCACACACUCAAGACUACGUACACUGUAGUACCUUGUUUUUGGUAUGUAUUCCCUUCCAAAAUGUCAGAUAAACAGAAAGAACAAAGUAAUUUUCUAGAUCAGUAAUAUUGUAAAUUCUAUGUGUCAGUGUCAGAAACCCAACAAUAUGAACACAAAACACUUUUUAAGUAGAAUACCUGUAGUUUUACAUGCACAAAACAAUGUCAAAUACAAUGGAACCUCGAUUUACAAACUUAAUUGGUUCUUGAACAGGCUUCGUAAAUAAAACUAUUUAGUUUCUCCUCAGGAAACAACGUUAACAUUUUAGUGUACAUUUUACUAAAAGCUUGUACACUUCGAACACAAUAUAAAGCGCUAUACAGUACUGUAUAUCAGGCAUACAUACCAAGGGGAAGAUGGAUUACCUUUCUAUAUAAUACCAAAGCCAAAAAAAUACAUCUUAACUGUUAUUCUUCCUAUGCAGCCGCCACACACACACACGCACACAUUUUCUUUUCUGUGAGUUUUAAUCCACCAUCACAAUCAAUUUGCUUGAAGUAUGGCGCUUGCUUGCUUUUUAAAGUAUUUUUUUUUAAUGUCAGCCAUUUAAAUAACGCCAACUUGUCACAUUAAAUGCAGAACAAUUUCUACGCACACGUACGUACGUGCAGACAAGAUUCGUACAACAAAGGGUAUUUACUAUUCUGUCUGUGGUUUCUUAAUUUGAAAAAUUAUUUGGGCACUCUGCGGAAUGAUUCACAGGCAAACUGACCAGUUUAUUACAUGCAAUGUUUUGGCCGUAGGAAAAAUUUAGGAAACAUUUACAAUGAACAUUGAGGUACCACUGUACUAAGAUAUACACAUUAUACUUAUUUAAGUGUACUGACGCAAGUACUCCAUUUGAGACACAGUCAAGGUGUACAAGAUGGCACACGUUGUAGAUGCUGAUCAAAGUUUUAAAAGACGAUCCGAUUGAACAGAGAAUGCUUAGAUUUUGUCUGUUAUGCUUUCUCAUCCUUUGAUUUAUAUGGGGUUUGUUUGCAAGAACAUCCCAGAAGUCUUUUCUUUGAGUUUCAAUCCACCAUCACAAUCAAUUUGCUUCCUUGUUUUUUAAAGUCCAAUUUUUUCAAUAUCCACCAUUUCAAAAACGCCAACUUGACACAUUAUAUGCAGAACAGUUUCUAAGCACAGCCUUUAAUAGAUGAUUGAACUUUUUCAACCAGGGGUGUCCAAAAGUGUUCCACUAAGGUCUGCAUAUCAAAGAAUGUAAGGGACGAGCGGCUGCUUUGAAAUUCUUUACAUUUUAAUUAAACGAAUCAAUCCAAUUUGUCAAGAAAAAACAGCCUAUUUAUGCAUCUCAACCGCCAUUAAAUGUGUAGGUACUUACCGUAAUGUUUCAUAACAUACUGUAUAGUUACGGCAAUGUAAUUUGCAAUCAUAGUCCCAAUUGAGUCAAUAGAUUGGAAGUUGUUAACUACUAGCAUUGUUUGAAUUUCCAUUUUGUAUGGACUGUUCCAAAAUUAGAAUAUAUAGCAGUUCAGACCUUAUGUACAUAACUAGUUAGCUUUAUGUAAUCCAACUUUCUUGGUGCUAACUUUAGCAGUGUAGUUUAAACAUAUUGCAUUGACAUUUAGCACUUUAGAAACUGAAUAUUGAAGCGAUGUGUCAACACAGGUUGUUGGUAUGCUUACUGUUAGCUCAAAACGCUAGCAUCACAUUGACGAUAUCAGUGUCCGCUCCCAAUACUGUUGAGAUGUGCUCAGCACGAGAGCAAUGGUCAGUGCUGAUGAAUGCUGGACUGACCAUUGCCUCAUCCUCUCCACCAUGUGUAUCCAUCUGAUGUGAAAAAGAAGGCGCCAAAAGGGACAAACUUGCUGAAGGCUUAACAUUGAGCGAAAUAAUUUACCAACAGUAUUAUUUUGGCAUCUAAAUCACCUUUUUUGAAGGCUUUUACGUACUCAAUAACAUACCAAAUGUUUUAAAAGUGUGUCCUGCCGAAAAUUGUUCACGUUAUUCAUGGCAGGAUAUGCUGAAAUCAUCAAAACCCAUUUGGCCAUUUGAUUGGCAGAUGCCAUUUUUUGGGAAUACAUUUUCUGUGCAAGGGUCAGAUGCAGGCUGUGUUUAAUUUUCUCUUUAAAUAUGUUACAGUCCAAAUAAAAAAUGAGCUAUGAGCCACAAAUGGCCUGUCGGAUGCACUUUGGAUACCCCUGCUUUCAAUGGUUAUGUCAAACGCCACUCUUAAUGCUCUCUGCACACAAGAACUGCCAUGUUUCAUUUUAGGCUUUCAGCCAUGACAUCUAAUUUCAUAUUUUUUGUAUUUGAACUAUGUUUGCACAAUGUAAGAGUGGCCAUUAUUUCAAGAAAAUGGAAAGUUAAAGACAAGUUGCUAAUAGCCAUGUUUUGCUACGUUUACUGGAGAAUCUACUACUGUCCUAAUGCAGCAAUAACAAGUCGGAUUAGUCGUUAUACAGGGAUGAAGACAAAUUAAAAAAUAUAUAUCAACUGUAUUUUUAUAACAGCAGACAUAGAAUGCUUUACAGAUACCUGAUAAAGCUACACAGUGGGUAAACAUCACGCUAAGGAAAUAACUAUAAAACGUGUACAUUUUGUUGUAUCAUGGCUGGCAAAUUAUAGAAGUGUUUAUAUUUGCUUGUCAUCUCAAGGUAAAUGUUAAGCUUUUAAAGUGAAAUAAAAAAAUAAAGAUUUAAUGUUACACUCAGCUUUCCUGCCUCCCUCACUCUCAAUACUACAGGGUGUCCCUGAACUAUUGACAUAAAUGUACAUACUUUAAUCUUUACAAAAAAUAUAUCCAUCCAUUUUGUACCGCUUGUCCCUCACAGGUAUUUAAAAAAAAAAAAGAGGUAAUAUUCAAAAUGUGAUUGUAUAUAUGUAUACAGUAUGAUUAACGAUGUACACAAAUUGUUUCCGCUGAUUAAAAUGUUUUGUUAUAUACAUUUUACAUUAAAUAUAUUGAAACCUA